AUGCGACGACAAUCCGACGUCUUCUUCGGCGAGCGCGAGAGCGGACAGGACGUGCGACAGACGAACGCGACGGCGGUCAUGGCGGUGGCGAACAUCGUGAAGACGUCGCUCGGGCCGGUGGGACUGGACAAGGCGCGCAUGCUCGUGGAUGAUAUCGGUGACGUGACGAUCACGAACGAUGGGGCGACGAUUUUGAAACUUUUAGAGAUUGAACACCCGGCGGCGAAGAUCUUGGUCGAGCUCGCCGAGUUGCAGGAUCAGGAAGUGGGAGAUGGAACGACUUCGGUGGUGAUUCUCGCCGCGGAGCUUUUGAAGCGGGCGAAUGAGUUGGUGAGGAAUAAGAUUCACCCGACGAACAUCAUCGCUGGGUUCAGGUUGGCGAUGCGAGAAAGCGUCAAGUACGUCGAAGGUAAGUUGGCGAGAGACGUGGAGACGCUCGGGAAGGAAGCCUUGUUGCAGUGCGCAAAGACGAGCAUGAGCUCGAAAAUCAUCGGUGCCGAAGAAGAUUUCUUUGCGGAUUUGGUCGUCGAUGCGUGCACGAGCAUCAAGACGUACAACGACAUGGGCGACGUCAGGUAUCCCAUCAAGGCGAUCAACAUUUUGAAGGCGCACGGGAAGAGCUUGAAGGAGUCAUCGGUGUUGCACGGAUACGCCCUUAACCUCGGUCGUGCGGCGGAAGGGAUGCCAAAGUUAGUCAAGAAUGCAAAGAUUGCGUGCAUCGACUUCAACUUGCAGAAGACAAAGAUGUUGAUGGGGAUUCAAGUGCUGGUGAACGACCCGAAGGAACUCGAAAAGAUUCGCGAGCAAGAGUUUGAAAUCACCGCCAAUCGCAUCAAGAUGAUCUUAGCCGCCGGUGCCAAUGUCGUGCUCUGUUCUAAGGGCAUCGAUGAUAUGGCGCUCAAGUACUUCGUCGAGGCUGGGGCUAUCGCCUGUCGUCGCGUCAAUCGUGAUGAUUUGCGCCGCAUCGCCAAGGCGACGGGGGCGCAAGUGAUGCUGUCUCUGUCCGACAUGGAUGGUGGAGAAACUUUCGACGAGUCCAUGCUUGGCACUGCGGGCGAAGUGGUGGAGCAACGCGUGGCUGAUGAUGAUAUGGUCGUCAUCAAGGACUGCGCGAGCACCCAAUCGUGUACAAUUCUCUUGCGAGGCGCAAACGAUUAUAUGCUCGACGAGAUCGACCGCUCGGUGCACGACGCACUGUGCAUCGUGAAGAGGACGUUGGAAAGUGGCAAGGUUGUCGCUGGUGGUGGCGCCGUCGAAGCUGCGUUGAGCAUUUAUCUGGAGAAUAUGGCGACUACUCUGGGUAGCCGGGAGCAGCUCGCCAUCGCCGAGUUUGCCAACGCGCUCUUGGUCAUCCCAAAGGUACUCUCUGUCAACGCUGCGAAGGAUUCCACCGAUCUCGUGGCCAAGCUUCGAGCUAUUCAUCAUCAAGCACAGAGUCAAGGUAACGAAGAGCUCGCCGGGAUGGGCUUGGAUCUCGUCAAGGGCGAACUUCGCGACAACAUCGCCAGCGGUGUCCUCGAGCCGGCGUUGAGCAAGGUGAAGAGCAUCCAGUUUGCCACUGAAGCUGCGAUUACGAUUCUCCGCAUCGACGACUUGAUUCAACUCGAACCCGAACAGGAGGGUCAGUAG